CUGCAGGCUGUGACAUCAGGCUGGGCUCCCAGGAACAGUUGUGAGAUUCACAACUAAGACUGUGAAGUCAACUGUGAAUUUAAAGAUUAAGGAUUAAUCCUUGGGCUUAAAGGAGCUCUUAGUAAGUAAGAAGAUAAUUUUUAUGAAUGAUACGGCUUUGGGUAUUUUUCUUCUCUUUUCUGAAUAUUUGAAGCUUGCAAAAUUGGAAGUUUGGCACAGUUGUGAAGCUUUUCUGAGGGUCCCUAAUUCUUUCUUAAGAUUUAAAAGAGCACAACUUUAUAAAUAUCUAGAAAGAGGUGGGAGCAGUCAAUAGAGUCACUACUUUUGAAAAGAAAGCUAGUCACUUCUCUGUGUGCACAAGGCUGAUUGGAGGUUUUAUACCCAAAGAAGAAUUGAGUGCCGUUGAGCCUUUAACAGAUUUCUGAGAGGAUUGAUUUCAUAUCAUCUCCUCACAGCAUGGAGGGAAGAGAUCAAGCUGGAAGAACCAGGAAUGAAAAAGUUUUGAACUGCUUAUACAAAAAUCCUGAUGCGAUUUUUAAGCUCAUUUGCUUUCCCUGGGCAGGAGGUGGCUCCAUGUAUUUUGCCAAAUGGGGCCAAAAGAUUCAUGAGUCAAUGGAAGUGCACUCUGUAAGGCUUGCUGGAAGAGAAAGUCGACUGGAAGAGCCUUUUGCCAAGGACAUCUACCAGAUAGUUGAUGAAAUUGUUUGUGCCAUGCUGCCAGUCAUCCAGGAUAAACCGUUUGCAUUUUUUGGGCACAGCAUGGGAUCCUAUAUUGCUUUUUUGACUGCACAAAACCUAAAAGAGAAAUAUAAGCUAGAACCAGUGCAUUUCUUUGUGUCGGGUGCAACUCCUCCCUAUUCAAAGGCCCGGCUUUACAUACCCAAAGACAAGGAAUUUACUGAAGAACAAAUUUGCCGUCAGCUUAUUGAUUUUGGAGGUACCCCCAAGCAUGUUAUUGAAGACAAGGAACUUUUUCAACAAUAUAUUCCCAUUCUGAUGGCAGAUGUGCACAUCAUGAGUUCUUACACCUGUGAUAUACCAUCUGAGGCUGUUCUUGUUUGUGACUUAACAUGCUUUCUUGGAUCCAAAGACAUAGCAAAAGAUAUGGAAGCUUGGAAACAUAUAACCAAUGGAAGUUUCAACCUUCUUGUCCUUCCGGGAGAUCACUUUUAUCUUAUGUCACCUGAUAAUGAGAAAUUCCUCAAAGACUACAUCACCAAGUGUCUAGAAAUAUCAUCACUUGCCACUUUCUAGAUAAUUUCCCUUUUGGUCUUAAAAUAAUCAAAAUGAUACUCUUCACAGCUAUUCAGACAUAACUCUUUAGUUUUAUUUAGAGAUCGGAAAUGAUACAUUUUCUACUGGCGUGGUGAUUUGUUAUACAUAAAUGUAUUUCUCUGAGGAGGAUUUAUGUAUCUGGGGAUGAAAGACACAUGGGUAAAGAACACUCUGGGCAGUAUUUUAUCUUUGUAUUAAAAUCUUAUGUGCUUCUUAUCUGUGGGCUGUUUGUCAA